AUGGCUUGGGGGUAGAAGCUGUAGAGAGGAGCCUUUUGGUCCUAGACUUGGCGUUCCAUUACCUCUUGCCAUGCGGUAGCAGAGAAAUCAUCUGCUCUAUAGUGAAAGUGUCAUUCAUAUGGCCUGUGUGUUAUUUUUAUACAGAGGUAGUUGACGAAGAGGAAGGAAGCCACUUUAGACGAUCUAUUAAAAUGCGUCCACAGUUCAUCUGGUGAUGUGCGCGAAGAAAGUAGGGAACCCAUAAAAUACUUUCCGACGUAACCAACUUCGCUCAGAUCCUACUACGUGUGUUCGUGUACCGUACCAUCUAAACAUAACAACACGUGGUCAUCGUUAAACCCAGUACUCCCCAGCCCUUCCAUCUGGCGUUGAUGUCUUCCCCCCUGCACUCCUUUAGACUGAAUACUGGGGCUCAGAUGCCCCUCCUGGGCCUAGGAACAUACAGGCUGCAAGGUGAGCAAGGUGAGUGUUGGGUGAGUGUUGACGCUGCACUCGGGGAAGGGUAUCAUGCCUUUGACACUGCUGCGGUGUACGGCAAUGAAGCAGACUUGGGCCAUGCCCUGUUGGACCUGAUGCCCAAACACAACCUGACCAGAGCAGACAUCUUUCUCAUCAGUAAGCUGUCCCCAGCUGACAUGGGCUCGAAGGCCAGAGAGGGCUGUGCUCGUAGCCUGGAGAGGCUGGGGCUAGGGGGAUACAUUGACUUGUACCUCAUCCACUGGCCUGGAACUGAGGGUCUGGAACCAGAAGAUGAGAGGAAUGCACAGCAUCGAGCCCACAGCUGGACUGUCAUGGAGGAGCUCUAUGCCAAUGGGAUGCUCAGAGCAAUUGGGGUCUCAAACUACUCUCCAAGGCACCUGAUAGAGCUGCUGGAGACCUGCAGGGUGCGCCCUGCCGUGCUGCAGGUGGAGUUCCAUCCUAGACUGACACAGAAGAAGCUGAGGGUCAUUUGCAGGGACUCGGGAGUCUGCUUCCAGGCGUAUUCAUCUCUGGGGAAAGGUGCCCUGUUGUUGGAACCAGAAGUUGUUGCUAUGGCGGAGGAGCAUGGCAGAACUCCCUCCCAGGUGCUCUUGAGGUGGGCCAUUCAGCAGGGUGUGGCUGUGUUACCCAGGUCCGCACGGCCCAAGAGGGUGAGAGAAAAUGGGCAGGUGUUUGACUUUGACCUGGAUGAAGGGGGAAUGGAGAGACUGUCUGACAUGGACAGUGGAACAAGAUUCUGCAAAAGAGAUCCCACUAGUGUGGUCUAGAGGAGAGAGCCCCACAACAAUAUACU